AUGUAUGUGAAAUGGUUUGAUACAGUAAUGUUUUACUAUGUGAUUUUAGUGUAUUGAGUGAAUGUCACUUUUUGUCAUUUUCAAAUUUCCCGCCGUUCCGUCCCCCGUACGUCCCGACGCUUGCAGGAGACGGAACCCAGAUGACAGAUGCCGGCAUCCGCCGGAGGACAUUGCUGGGGACACUGCAGGAGGGACAUCGCGGGAGCACAGGACAAGGUAAGUGCAGAAGAGAUCCCGGAGCAGCGCUGCAAGGUAUUCCCGAGUGUAGCUCGGGGUUACCGCUUGUGGUGCUGAAACUUUACCCCGAGCUACACUUGGGAAUACCGCCAGGGAGGUUAAUAAAUGCUUCUGAA